UACCCGUUAUCUGCCUACCUUAUCACUAAGUUGAUUCACACCCAAUUUUACUCGUCUCUUUGACGUACCUGCACAAACGUUUGAGAGAAUUUUCAAAAUGCGGUCACAUAGCAUUCUGUAUUACCUCGCUCUAGGAUUUUUAAUCCUCGGAGUAUUCACGAGUGAAGCAGAGGCACGACGUAAAAUUCUACGCGGAAGAAAAACAAUCACACGACGAUAUUACAGCGGUCUUGCUAUUCCGGCCUGGUCCAUCGUUCUUUUAUCUGGGAUAGGAAUGUUAAUCCUCGGCGGAGGGUUCUACCUAUUACUGCGAAAAUUCGUGGUCAGUGGGACAGGUGAUAAUGACAUUCGAUCAUACCAUCCAGCGAUGCAGGACGAAGUGUGAAACUAUUGUGCUUAAUUCAUUAUAUUACUCGAUAUUCCAAUAUCUUUUUACAUCUUGAAAGGUAUAACCAACUGAAUAAUGAUCGAUCAAAAAUUAAGUUAUAAUAAAAUGUUUCAUUUUAUUAUUGGAUA